AAGAACAUGAAAUGGGCAAAGGAAUUUAAAAACAAAAAGGAGAGAAACAUAAAUUUGAGAGAAAGAACAAAGGAAAAAGGUUCCAAACAAAACGUAGUAAUAGUUCAGCGUGGUCGUGUCUUCAUUAUUGAUGCUUUUGCUUUUAAUAUAACAAUAAUAACGGCAGUUAUUAAUUUUCGUGUCCUUCUGGAAAAUUCUCUACUUCUCAGGGUAAGCUUGGAGACAUUGAAAAAUUAUUCAAACUAUCUUACUGUAAAGUUUGGUUUUUUAAGGAGAGAUGAGGUAUUGAAAAGCCGGGGUUUUGGUGAUUGAAGCCGAUUGGGCCACAAUCAAAUCGGGCACACUUGUGUUAUUUAGAUAUUGCUUUGUCUAUGAUUCAUCCUGUUAGUCUCUCGUGUUAGUUCUCAGUAUGAACAACCAAUAUGGUGAAGAUCAAGAUGCAGCAACUGUCAUGGGGUUUGAAGUGCCACGAUCACCUGAUUCAAGUUAUAAUAAUGCAUACCCUGGGAAUGAAGAUGAUGCACGUGACCCGCCAGUUGUCCCUCCACACUUGCAUCAUACCUUGUUUAGCUACUCUGCAAGCAUGACUGCUUCAGGGAAUCUUCCUUUGCCAGAAAAUGUGAUUCUAAAACAUCUUUACAUUGAAAACCGAGAGGUACCAAGAUCUGUAGUUGCAUUUGGGUUCACUCAGCGCUUGCAUUCGCAGUACGUUACUGUUGUGCUAUACAAACCAGUUCCACGAAGGAGGAAUACCAGUACUUAAACAUAUGAAUAGAGAAUAGACCUUCACUUUGGGUAGGUUGGUUUGCCCUUGUGAUGGAAUUACUUGCAAUUGACUCAAAUGCGGAAUUAACAGAAAGAAUAUUAUUGGUUUCACAGUAAUUGAUGACCUAGGGGUUGUUCAUUGAACCUGAAGUUAACAUUUGACUUCAAAUAUCAGAUAUGUUGUGAGGGUAGAGUUGCUAUACAGAUAAGCUUUCUCGUUAUUCUUUUAACAAGUAUUUGUGGUGUUGUGAGCUUGUUUGCUGCCUAGGUAUUGUACUAAACUUAAACUUCUUGUAUUUGUGGGCAUUAAACUAAUGGAAUGGUCCAUUUUUUAUGGCUAUGCCUGCCACCAGAUGGCUUUAUGUUAUGCUUAAUCACAUGAGAAGACUUUUGUGUUGCUAAAACCUCGAUCAUUGGAUUACCAUCAGAGAAUAUUGGGAGAAGGAAAGUGGAGAAUCAAAAAGAUACAUAGGCCUUUAACAGAUCCAUUCAAA